AUGAACGUGGUCAUAGAAGCUCUGAAUAUAAAGCCUGAAGAUGUUGAGGAGGUGGAGUAUGAUAAGACCAGUAGCACAGUAACAAUGAAGGCGGGUGGAAAAGAAUAUAAAUAUAAGGUCGAAGAAAGUGUUGAGACAUACAUACUUCUCUAUGAACAGCCAGUUUUUGUAAAUAUGCUUGGAAAGGAAAUCAAGGAGUAG